CAGGGAAACAGACCCCAGCUGCAAGCGCUUGCCCCGGGAGCGGUUCCGGAGCCUUCCCGUCUGCAGCGGGGUCUCUCCCUCCCUCCUGGCGAGAGGUGGGAAAGGGGACCUGGCUCCUGCGGUUUUGUGCUCGUCUCUGCAGGCCCCCGUUCCCGGAGCCCGUCAGGGCUGGCACAGGCUCGGUUUGGCUCUCUCCUGUGUCUAAACAGGCUUCUGGCUCUUCUGCUUGCAGAAGAAAACCUCUUACAACCUUUUAAAGCCCCGGAGAAGCAGGAGGCGCGUUGGAAAACGGGCGAUCCUGGGAUUUAUUAUUUUUUACAAUCUCAUCAUUUUGGGCCUGACUCACGGCUUUUGAAUGUUUGGGAUGGGCAGCUAAGGGGGAAAGUAAGUUUGCUCAGCACAAGCAGAGCAGCCAGGCAGGAGGGACAGACAUCUGUGCAGUGACAAGGCGACAGAGGGGGCCGUCAUCCUGCCUCCAGCUCGUCUCCAUCCUCGCCAGGGCUCACGGCCGCUCCCGGACUCCGCACGACAGGCGGGCUGCCCACCCCGGCUCCCCAGGAUGGCGCAGGAGGCAGCCCCCAUCCUGCUGGUUGUCCUUGCCAGGCUGGUGUCAUCCACGUGGCAUGAAGGGUCUGGCUACUACCUGGAGAGUCACACCAACGAGGUGUACGCAGAAGAACCCCCCCCUGAGCCUGCCCUGGACUACCGUAGAGUGCCCCAGUGGUGCGCCACGCUCAACAUCCACCGCGGAGAGGCCACUUGUUACUCGCCCCGGGGCAGCUCCUACCGCAGCAGCCUGGGGACACGCUGCGAGCUGAGCUGCACCCGCGGGUACCGGCUGGUGGGUCCCAGUGCUGUCCAGUGCCUGCCCAGCCGCCACUGGUCCGGGAUGGCGUACUGCCGACAAAUCCGGUGCCACGUGCUGCCAGCGGUGCUGCGGGGCUCCUACGUGUGCUCAGCAGGCGUGCAGAUGGAUUCCCGCUGUGACUACACCUGCCUGCCCGGCUACCAGCUGGAAGGUGACCGGAGUCGCGUCUGCAUGGAGGAUGGGCACUGGAGCGGGAGCGAGCCAAUCUGUGUAGAUAUGGAGCCUCCCAAGAUCCGCUGUCCAGACUCCCGGCAGCGCAUCGCAGAGCCAGGCAAACUGACUGCCACUGUCUACUGGGACCCUCCCCGCGUGAGGGACUCUGCUGACGGAGUCAUCAAGAGGGUGAUGCUGCGGGGCCCGGAGCCCGGCUCCGAAUUCCCUGAAGGAGAGCAUGUGAUCCGCUACACCGCCCACGACCAGGCUUACAACCGAGCCAGCUGCAAGUUCAGCAUCCGUGUCCAAGUGAGGCGCUGCCCUGUCCUGAAGCCUCCGCAGAACGGGUACAUCUCCUGCACCUCCGACGGCAACAACUACGGUGCCACCUGCGAGUAUCUGUGCGACGGGGGCUACGAGCGCCAGGGCACCUCCCUGCGGGUCUGCCAGUCCACCCAGCAGUGGACGGGCUCCCAGCCCCUUUGUGCACCCAUGCAGAUCAACACGGAUGUGAACUCAGCCGCCAGCCUGCUGGAUCAGUUCCAUGAGAAACGCCGCCUCUUUGUCAUCUCAGCCCCCGACCCCUCAAACCGCUACUACAAGAUGCAGAUCUCCAUGCUGCAGCAAGCUGCCUGCGGGCUGGACCUGCGCCACGUCACCACCGUCGAGCUGGUGGGGCAGCCCCCACACGAGGUGGGACGCAUCCGGGAGCACCGCCUGUCCCUCGGCAUCAUCGAGGAGCUCAGGCGCUUCCUGCACCUCACGCGCUCCCACUUCAACGCGGUGCUGCUGGACAAGGCGGGCACCGACCGCGAGCGCUACAUCUCCCCGGUGAGCCCCGACGAGCUCUUCGUGUUCAUCGACACGUACCUGCUGAGCGAGCGCGAGGCGGCCCGGCGGGCACAGAGCGGGGAUCCCUGCGAGUGAGCCAGCGCCGGGGAGAGCCCCCGCCACUGCCCUCAGGGGAGGGACACUUUCCUUUCUGCUUUUCUAGUCGCCCACUGUAGAGGAGGAGCAGGGUGCCAAGGACCCCGGGGAAGGGGAGCCCCUCUCUGGCUGUUCUGGCACAGAGAGGCGAGCAGGGACUGUGUGCCAGCAGCGUCCCACUGCCCAGCAGCCCGGAGCUGUUUCCAGCCGGGGGGUGGUUCAGCCCAACCAGGACCAUGGCAGGAGAUGCUGGAGUGCCCCUGCUCAAAUCCCAGGGCAGGGAGGAGACAGGGAGCCAGAGGGGCACGGGCAGGGCAGGGAGGGCAGGCCGGCCAGCAGUGUGACAGCCUCUAACACAGCAGCUUCAGCCUCCCCACAGCUCACCCUGUGCACAACCUGGACCUGAUGCCUCCCACUCCAAAAGCCCUUAUUAAAAGCAAAUGGCCCCGUGCUCAGCAGAGCCCACAGCAGCCAGCCAGCGUGCAAUCCACCCCAAAGGGUUUGGCAUCUCCCCUGCCACUCACUCCCUCUCCCACCACCUACAGGGAACCCUUUCUGGGAACUGCUUUGGCAGUAGAAUAUUAACUAGAAAUAAAUAAAUUUGUAUAAAAGUCA